GUUUAUAUUCAUCAUUUAAAAGUAUUUUUGACCAAGUUUUUUGACCUAAUUUAGCUGUUGAUGCUUGUUAACGCGAGGAAAUAUGUUUCUAGCUGUUUUCUUUGCUUUGAGUAUUUUACUUGAGUCUGGAACCUGCAUUGAGUUCGUAUUUCCAUGUGGCCAACCAAAAAUAUACGUUGGAUAUUUAUGGAUUAACGCAACAGUUGUGCAUGUAAUUCCAAGAAUUCAGGCAGCGCCUGACAAACCCAACGAUAAUUAUGUUUGUCGUUUCAAAAUACAUAGUCCCGAAAGCUCCCUAUUUUAUGUAGAGUUACUGGAUCAAAAAUAUGGAUUCGCUGAGUUGCGUGUAGAUCCAAAAUUGUCAUCUAAUAUCACAAAGACUUCAUCAUUUGUUUUGGAAAUAGAAGCAAGCGACUGUGACGAACAUUCUCGUACAACUUCUAGAGUUCCUAUUCGAAUACAAGUAAUAGAUCGUCAUGGUCCUGUUUUUGAUAAACCUCACUAUAAUUUUAAACUUGGUCAAAGAAGUCCAAUCGGCAGUAUAGUUGGUCAAAUCCAAGCUAUUGAAGAAGUAAAUCAACCAAGUGACUACUCAAAUACUGCGAUUUGUAGUUAUCGUCUUGAGCCUGUUGAUAGUCCGUUUUCUAUUAAUAAUUAUGGUGUUAUACGUGUACGUGAAACACUUUUAUCUCUUGCGCAAAGACCUUAUUCACUUCGAGUUAUUGCCGAGGAUUGCAGUCGUCCAGUGCCACAUAGAACUUCAGUCAGUGUAACAGUUGAGCAAAUUCUUAUUGAUUGCAAACCAGGCUGGAAAAAUUUACCAAGUGAUAUUGAAUUUCUUGGAUCUGAAGAAAAACCUGAACGUUUAUUUAUGCAUUCGAGUUUACACUUGGAGACAUGUACUGGUCCAUGUGCUAAUCCAUUUAUAGAGACUCGGUUGGAACUUAGAUCGGCUGUAAUUGGUCAGAAUCUAGUUACAGCUAAUCCACAAUCCUGUCGACAUGAUCCAACAAGUAUAAAAAGGCAGCAGAAAUUUUGCGGUCUCGAUCCAAUAACCAUUACAAAUCUUCUUCCUGAUCCUGAGUAUGAUUUAGUGAACCAGUUGAUUGGACCAGUGCUGAAUAGUCCACCACGUUUAAUUCCAUCACUGCUUGCUUGGCGAUUUGAUCCAACCUUAUCGACUGUAUGGGAGAUUGAUGCAGAUCGACUGUUUAAUAAUACAAGAUUGCCAGUUAAAUGGGAUUCAGAUUUUACCAUGUCAUUCUGGCUUAGACGACAUCAUUUGCAAAACAAUUUGAAAGUAUCAAAUAAUGAUGAGAAUGAAGAAUCAAUAUUUUGUAGUCAUGAUAAUAUUGAAUCAGAAUGGAGAUAUUUAUCGAUAAAUUUACAUGGAUGUCGAUUUGUAGUAAGGAUUAUGUCGUCCACAAGUAAUGAACCGAAAAAAUCUACACUUUUUGUAUUCGAUCCGUUACCAGAAGAGAUUUGUUCUCAAACUACCGGUCAUGAUGAUGGAAUAUGGCAUCAUUAUGCAAUCACAUUCAGUUCAUCUUCAUCAUCUGCAAUAAGCAACGAUCCGAUUACCAUUUUAAUAGAUGGACAAGAUUUAGAUAUUAAGGCUAUGCCUACUGUUUAUGAAUCAUUACAAACCUCUUCAAAUCCUUUCAGCUAUCAAGGAAAACCGAGACUUACAAUUGGUGCAUGUUAUGAUCCUCAGACACAUUUAACAAGACAACAUUUACAUGGUGAUUUGACUGGUUUCACAUUGUUACGUGAAAAAAUUGAAUCUCCAAAUACAUUAAGAUGUAUUAGUCAAUGUGGUGAAGCUUUACUCAUUCCAAAUGUUAUGGAGGUAUUAUGUCCAGAUAUUGACAUACAUUUAGAGAAUGAUGUAAUCACCGUGAGCGGACAAAACAUAAUGCAUUUGACUGAUGUAUUAACUUCAAUUUCCUAUGCUAGACCUCAACCAGGAGUCAGUGUGAAUUAUAUGCCAAAUGUGGCACAAGCUCGUCUAUUGAAAUUAUUAACAUCAUAUAGAUGCUCAGGAGAUCAGUCAUUUGUCAUACCAACUGCGGAGAUCAGGUUAAAUGUUCUACCUAUGACGGUUACGGACAUCUUGAGAACAUCUCACCAUGAUUUAUCCGAUCAGAUCUCUCAAUCAACCAAGGAUACUUCUUUAUGGGUUCCUGCUAAUAUGCAUGUUCUUGAUCGUCCAGGCUUAUCUCAGGCUAUAGUGGGAACAAGGGCCAAUUAUGACAAAAACUCGAGACCACUUCAGCCUCCAUCGUUAAUAAUUCUUGGGUCAGACAUUGUAACCACUGAGCCACCUAUUAAUCCACCUGGAAUCCCUCUAUUUUCAGACCUUCGUUUUGGACUUCCAACAGAACAAGUUUCUGAUUCAUCAAGUUCUUCUCAAGUUGCUGCAGGCGUACCACUGGAUGAUUGUUUUGUAUGGCUUAUCUCAACUGGUAAUCCGAUCAGUUUAAAUAUAAGACCAAAAUUAUAUGAAGAAUAUGGUGCACGUAUUGACUGGCCUGUAGAUGAAACUCAAUCAAGUCAAUUAAUUGGUCUAGCAGAUCGCACUGGAAUACAAUUGAGAGGACGUAAACCUGCUUUAAUAUAUGCCAAUCUAUUACAGAAAUUUCGAUUUUGGCCACCAAAAAAUAUUCGUUCAAUGCAACUAAUGAAUACAAAUACAGAAAUAAUUUAUAUGGCUAAUAUUGGCCUAAUGUGUAGUUUAGACAGUGGAAAGCAAACAACACCUGAAUUUGUUGUCAAAAUUGUUAUUCAAGGUAAAGGAUCAGAAACAGCAUCACUUAUCAAUGAAGUAGGUGCAUUUAUUUCAAAUCAAUCUUUAUCAUCUCGUCCAAAUCCUGAUGCAGUACAUUAUGUACUAUCCGAUCAAGAACGUAUUGAAUCUGGUGACAAAUCGUUAAAUCGUCUACGCCUUAUUAAUCCAAUGGAUUAUGAAUAUGGAACUAUAGAUAAAAAGCCUCAGUACAAUUAUACUGGUUUAGUUAUUGGUUUAUCAGUUUCUGCUGUCAUAUUAGUGUUAUUAAUCGGUACAGCUAUUUGGCACAUAAGAAAAAAUAAGCCGCAACAUCAUAAGAAACCAACACGUCGUAGAAGAUUUGCGUCGCAACCUGCUGAUUUUGGCGGUUCUAAUUUAAAAACAGAUCCAACUCUUAGACUUACAACUAAUCCCGUAAAUGAUUUACAGUCAGAUAAACCAAUUUAUUACUGAUUCACUGGAUGUUAGGCAUUUCAAUUGAGUACAACUAUUAAAAUAGAUUACUAAUACAGUGCAUGAAUUUCUUGAAUUGUUACCUCAUGAACUCAUUUCGUCCAAUUUAUAAAUCUUUUGAAUUAACUACAAAAUAAUGUGAAGCUAUUUUGGCCUUAUAAAAUAUCAAGGAAGAAACUUAUAUACAUACAGGUGAAUGACUUUCUAUGAUGAAAAAAUUUCAGUAUUAAGAUAGAAAGAAUGUUAAUAAACCUCAUAAAAAAUCCAUAUGUUUUGUGAAAUUAUUAAGCAAAUUCAAGUUUCUUUAUUUUCCUAGUGUACUAUCCUUGAUUUAUACUAACUAUCUAUUCAUUAAAUAACAAGAAGUAUAAAAAUCUCAAGGCCAUAUCAACAUCAUUCAAAAUCACUGUUUUCGAAAAGUAUCAUUUCAUUCUCACUAUUGAAUAAAUCGUCACAAACAACUUAGACUUAUACAUAAUAACUAAUUUUAUACUAAUUAAUCACUAAGUAAUCAGGACUUAACACUGUAAUUCAUCUUUCAUCUCAUAAUUUUAGUAGAUUUUAGUUUAUUUCAUUGUUAUUACAUUCAAUAGUCUAGUAGAUUGUAAUAAUCCAUUCCACUUAUGCCAUUAUUUAUUAUUUCUUUUUCUUUUAAAAAGUUAAUGAGUAUGAAAAUGAAUUCUAUGCAUGGAAUAGAUUAUUCAGUACAUUCAACACCUACACGAAAUCACUGUAUUUAUUCCCCACCAUUGACAACACAACGGAUUAAUCCAUUUAAUAAUACACCAUGUGAUGAAUUAUCUGGUUCCAUGUAUUCAUUACCAAAUCAAACACCAAGAUUAGCUGAUCUUGAAGAGUUUGAAGAUGAAAAUUAUGAAUAUGACGAUGAAUUAGGUAGUGUAGAUCAAAUUCACAAUCCUAAAUAUUGGAUUACUGGACAAAUGUUAAAAACUAAUUCUACUAAAACUUCUAUUAUAAAACCACAUACUGAUCAAGAAAAAAUGGAAAACUUCAAAUCAUUUUCUCCAAAUAAUUCUCCAAUAAAAUCAGAUCGUUAUGAAUGGAUUGAUAAUGAGAUGGAUACAAAUUGGCAUGAAAAAAAUCAUAAUAAUCAUAAUCGUGAAUCAAAAUCCACCGAAUUAUUUAAUAAAACAGGUCAUUUAAAUCAGAAUAAAACUAUGAAUCAAACUGUUCAAGUGUAAAAAAAAAACAAUUUUCUUUUCAAGAAAUUACAUAUUCGUCAGUUGAAUGUGUAUUCUCAAUUUUCAUCAUAGUAUGUCUGUAUUAUCUACACAGUUACUUAUACAAAUACAUUGUAUAAAAGUAUACACUGAUUUUAUACGUGCAUAUUGAUAAAUACUAGAAAUCAUUUCUUCGUAAAUCUAAUGCAAACAUACAAAACUGCAUCCAUAUUCAUAUAAUACUUUAUUGUUACUAUCUUAGUAUCCAAAAUAUUAACCCCCUUCUAGUAGUUAUGGAACUUUAUACACCAAUGCCCUAUGUAUGCUGAUAAAUAAUUAUUGUUUCAUUUUUUUCUCUAUAUUAGGCUUCUUUUUAUUAUUUCUUCUAUUAUAUUUCAUUUCCUAUCUUAUUUACCUAGUCAUAUGCUUAAAUAUUAUAAAUUUUUAAUGCCAUUUCAUUGAUGCAAAUAUUUACGUAUAUAAUAAACCUUGUUCAGUUUAACAUUUAUAGAUUAAUUAAACUGGUUAAUAGUGGAAUUUAAUUUCAACUAUUACUGGAUAUAAAUAUAUAUUUCCAUGGCCUCUUUCAUUUUAUAAAUGUAACACCAUCUUAUUUUAUGCUUAUGAUAUGAAUAAAAAUUAUUUAGCGAUUUUAUUACAAAAUAUACCCUCACUAUCUACUUAUUAUGAUACAUUUUUUCCUUUGAUUUUCAUUACAGUAACCACAUACAUAUAAAGACGGAGAACAUGUUAUGUAGUUCAUGAAUAUUAUUUUAGAAAAAUUAAACCAAGUUUUUUUUUUACCAAAUCAAUCUCUUGUUUGAUAUUUUCACUAAGAUUCUAUUUUAAAAAAGUACUCAUGAGUGUGUUUUUUUUCAGUCAGGUUCUUUUUUUUCUUGAACGGAUACAAUUGUUAACCCCCACCUCCAACCCUUCGCCUUGGGUUUGAAAUAGACAAUGUCUGUGGAAAAGCUUCAGAUCAAGUUAAAAAGUAUAUAGACUAUAUAGAAUAUGAUUCAAGAAUUUUGAUAGAAAGAAUAACAAAUGAUAAUCUAUCUUAAAGCACUAUUUAUCAUUA